AAUGGCGACCGCUUAAAAGAAGUGAAUGCUCUGCCAGUGGCGAGUGUGGACGUUGCGUGACUCGCAGAAGAUUGUCGCAGGAGGGUCCCUCCGGUGAAUGUGCGGAUCCUCUAUGCACUUGGGAUUACAACACUGUUCCCUAAAUUGAAGGACCCGGAUUCUUAGAAUGGCUAUGAACAUUUCUAUGAUCACCAGAGUGGUUCCGGCUACCUAGCGUGGAGGCUGAAAACUGUUCAGCGGAACUCUGCUCAAGACAGCAAGAAAUCCAGGACCACUUUCCAAGAGGGCCCCAAGACUCCACGCAGUAUCCGUUCAGAUGAGAAGCAGUUGACCGGUGAUGAAUGCAGGGAAGCCAUAUACACUCAAGUGAUACGACCCUUGUCAAAAAUAAGAUGAAGGCAACAUUCCAGCACAGGCAAAAGGUGGUUCACGACCCAGAUACUGCUUCUUCUGUCCUGGAUCUCUUUCCCAGGUUCUUGGAUACACCUGGCUUGAUUGAUCAAGACUUCACAAUGAUCUUUGGUGAGGAGGUGUCUGGUAAAUUCCUCUCGAAGUGGCCAACAUUUUUCAAACCAAGAGUCAUCGCAGAUUGCUGCAAGAAUCUAACCCCGAGUCCGCAUGUGGAUGAGCUACUUCUGUCUGCACAACAGGAGUCUGAUGAUGGUGUGUGGCAUUCUGAAGAGUGGGACUCUGAGAUGGCCGCCAUCCUUCUGCUGCUUCACCUCUUGCCUCCAACAGUUAAAGGCAAGAAGACCGGCAAGAUGAGCGCAUCAGAGGCUGCUAGAUGCCUGAUCAAGUUCAUGAAGGUGGGGUCAAGCAUGGAGACCGUCCUUAAAGAAACUGGCCCCAAACAGCCCUUUCUUCUCGGUGUCGGAGAAAGAAGCAACAGCAUCCGGGAUUUCUACAUCAUCCUGGACCAGAAGGCCAUUCCCUGCAGGAUGCAGACCCCAGUUGCUGCCUUUGAUGAGCUCUUCAAGGCGCAUUAUGCUUUUGCUGUGUCAUAUGAUGAAGCGCUGUCCAGCUUCUUCAUCUUCAUCCAAACCACUGUGUAUGGCAUCGACGUCGGCAAAGUGAAAGAGAGUCCUCGGGUAAAAGAAAUCAGAGCGAGGCUUCUUCACUGUGAAGUUUGAAGACCGAUUUUGACCAGAAAUGUACACGUUACAUUUGCAAGGUACACCACACCAGUUGUUCCGUGUUAUUUAGACAUUUGAAGUUUGAGCAUGGAUUGUAUCCUGGAAGGUCUCUGCGCUUGAACUGUGGAGAGCGUGGUUGUUCAUUUGUUUUUUGUACAUAUUCUGGUUACCAACGUCACCUAUCUCAAGCACAUAAAGACUGUCUUGAUCCAGAUCCCGUCAGCAGUUUUGAAUUUGAGCCUGUAGCUGGACCUUCCACACCAGUGAAUGUGGAUCCUCCUGUGAGGGUCACUACACAUGUUCCAGUUGAAAAGAAGAAUAUACUGGACAUGUGCAGCUCUGUUAUUGCUCAGGUUCACGCCUCAGGUGUUCCAGAGAGUACUGUGCAGUGUUUAGUUGGCUCAAUGGAGGAACUGGUUAAUGACAUCCAGGGGUUCCCUGAAGGAAACAGGGUCACCAAAGGGGCUGGGAUCCAGAUGGGAGUUGGGUUCCAGAAGGGUGUCAGGUUCCUCAAAGGGGUCAAGAUACUGCAGGGGGGCA